AAUAAAUUUGGGUUUCUCAAUUGCAUGGUGUAUUGAAUCUCAGAAAAUCCAAUCAUCAUCCUAAAAAGACGUGGCCCUUUUGCCUUUUCUUUUCUUCAAUCUCUAACCGUUAUUAUUCUCUCUAUUGACUCCCCGAAAACAAACAGAAAACGUUAAUUUUGUCGCUGGAGAUCUGUUCUUGCUGCUGCUGCUAACAACAUCACGUAGGUACUGAUAUAUCCAAGUAGCAUGGGCUCAGCUCAACGUCGCAUUCAAGCCAUCAACUCCCAUGUUAUUGCUGCCGUCGACACUCCUUCUCAGCUCCGUCUCAAACCCGCAGCUGGCGAGUUUUUCUCUGAGCAGGGUUACAGUGUUGUGCUUCCAGAGAAGUUACAGACGGGAAAAUGGAAUGUAUACAGGUCUGUCCGUUCUCCUCAUAAGCUUGUGAGCAGAUUUCCUGAUAAUCCUGAUAUUGGUACAUUGCAUGAUAAUUUUACGCGGUCUGUUGAUGCUUUCCGUGAUUACAAAUAUCUGGGAGCACGAAUUCGGAUUGAUGGAAAAAUUGGAGAGUAUAAAUGGAUGACAUAUGGAGAAGCAGGUACUGAGCGGACAAGAAUUGGUUCUGGCCUAAGGUAUCAGGGAAUGUCAAAUGGAUCUUGUAUUGGAUUAUAUUUUAUCAACAGACCAGAAUGGCUCCUUGUUGAUCAUGCCUGCUCUGCGUACUCUUUUAUAUCAGUUCCUUUAUAUGACACUCUCGGUCCAGAUGCUGUCAAGUACAUUGCAAAUCAUGCUGAUAUACGGGCUAUAUUUUGUUUGCCCCAAAUUUUGACCCCUUUGCUGAGUUUCUUGUCUGAAAUUUCAACUGUUCGUCUGAUUGUGGUUGUUGGAGGGAUGGAGGAUCAAAUGCCAUCUCUUUCAUCAUCAACUGGAGUUCAGGUUAUAACAUAUUCAAAACUUCUUAGUCAGGGCCGCAGUAAUCCUCAUCCUCUUUCUCCGCCAAAACCUGAAGAUGUUGCUACAAUUUGCUACACAAGUGGUACAACAGGGACACCAAAGGGAGUCACAUUGACCCAUGGAAACUUGAUUGCACACGUUGCUGGACUCAGUGUUAAGGCUAAUUUUUACACAUCAGAUGUCUACUUGUCAUAUCUUCCUUUCCCACACAUUUAUGAAAGGGCAUUCCAGGUCUUGUUAGCAUAUUACGGAGUUGCUGUUGGAUUCUAUCAGGGAGAUACUACGAAGCUAAUGGAUGAUGCGGCUGCUCUAAGACCCACAAUCUUUUGCAGUGUUCCUCGGCUGUAUAAUAGAAUAUAUACUAGCAUUAUAAAUUCAGUAAAGACAUCUGGUGCUUUAAGGGAAAGGUUAUUCAAUGCUGCCUACAAUGCUAAGAAGCAGGCACUUCUGAAUGGCGAGAGUCCAUCUCCAAUGUGGGACAGAUUGGUGUUCAAUAAGAUAAGGGAGAGACUUGGUGGAAGAGUUCGUUACAUGGGAUCUGGUGCUUCACCCUUGUCUCCUGAUGUCAUGGAGUUCUUGAAGAUCUGCUUUGGUUGCCGUGUAACUGAAGGAUAUGGAAUGACUGAGACUUCUUGUGUUAUAAGCAACGUAGAUGAGGGUGACAACCUAACUGGUCAUGUUGGUUCUCCUAAUCCAGCCUGCGAAAUAAAACUUGUGGAUGUUCCUGAGAUGAAGUACACGUCUGAGGAUCAGCCCUAUCCUCGUGGGGAAAUCUGUGUGAGAGGUCCCACUGUUUUCCAAGGCUAUCAUAAAGAUGAAGCACAGACGAGAGAAAUAAUUGAUGAAGAUGGAUGGCUUCACACCGGAGACAUAGGACUAUGGUUACCCGAGGGUCGUCUGAAGAUUAUUGAUAGGAAGAAGAACAUUUUUAAGCUGGCACAGGGAGAGUACAUAGCCCCAGAGAAAAUUGAGAAUAUAUAUGCUAAAUGCAAAUUUAUUGCCCAGUGCUUUGUGUAUGGGGACAGCCUUAACUCCUCUCUGGUAGCCGUUGUUUCAGUGGACCGAGCUAUUUUGAAAGCAUGGGCUGCUUCUGAAGGCAUUAAGUAUGACAGUUUGGAGCAACUAUGCAAUAAUCCAAGAGCAAGGGCAGCUGUCCUCGCAGACAUGGAUGUUCUUGGAAGAGAAGCAAAGCUCCGAGGUUUUGAAUUUGCAAAAGCUGUGACUCUUGUGGCGCAACCAUUUUCAAUAGAGAAAGGUUUUUUGACUCCAACAUUAAAGAUAAAGAGACCUCAAGCAAAGGCAUUCUUUGAAAAGGAAAUAUCAAAAAUGUAUGCGGAGCUUGCCACAUCUGUUCCAUCCUCCAAAGGGAAGUUGUGAAGUUGACAAGAAAAGCAUAGAAAUAUAGAAGCGGUGCCAAAAUUUCACGGCCUCCACACGACAAUAAGAUCACCAUCUCCAUAUGUGACAUAGUGAAAGGCCUGGAGCUGAGCUCACUGUUGAAGCAUUCUGUACUACGUUCCCUAUUUGUUUUUUGUUUUUUUUUUUUUUUUUGUCUCUUGCUCUGUGGAAUAGAGUUAUUGUAGAAAGUCUGAUUAUUUUGUUGUGUUCCUCAGUCCAUCGAGGCUUUUACACAUAAUUUUGUGUAUAAAAUAAAGAGGAAAAUAACCAUCAGUGGCA